AUGGGGUGGCAUGCCUUCAAGUGGCGGCGAAACGCUUGGUCCCAAGUCGGCACGCUCCUUGGCCGAGAGCACGGUCGUGGCGGUGACGCCGCCUCUGCGGCUUCCAGCUAUGUUUCCGCUUCGACCACCCCGACUGGUGUAACAUCUUCUACCGAGGUUUCGACAGCCUCCACCGAUUCUGCGUCUUCCAACGCUUCAACAGAUGCAGUAUCCGCAACUGCGACGGCCGAUGUGAUUUCUUCCACUUUUUCGGCCGAGGGUACUUCGGCUACCUCGCCCUCAAUUGACAGCACCUCGACAACGGCUUCGACUGAUGCUGUCUCUUCCACAGCCUCUGCCGAUGCGGCCUUUGAGACAGUGCCCCACUCCGCCAUCAUUGGCGACGACGCUACUUCUACCUUCAAGACUGUGACUUCUACCACUGCUUCAACGGGCAUAACCCCUUCCAGUUCGACGGAUACCGUGACUCCAUCUGCCAUCAUUGGCGAUGCUACCUCCACUGAAGCGGCCUCGUCGACUACUGCCACUGAUGUGGUCUCGUCGGCAGCCUCAAUUGAUGCCAGCUCGUCAACUGUCUCCUCAGAGCCGAGCUCAUCUGCUGCCGGCACAGAUAUUGUCUCUUCGACUUCGUCAACCGACACGGCAUUUGCCUCCUCUGAUGCUGUCUCUUCGACUGCCUUGACGGACACAGUCUCUUCCACGGGAACCGCCCUGUCACUUGCGUCAACCAACAUGUCAUCGGCUGCCACCGAUGUUGCCUCUUCGACUACAUUAGCCGACACGCCCUCGUCAACCGAAACAAUUUGGUCAACAGAGGCCAUAAAUACUUCCUCGGCGACGGCUACUAAUACCUCCACCACCUCCAGCACUGCCAGCGCCUCGGCCGAGCCUAUCGACGCCGGUGCCAAGGAUGCCUCAACCUCUGUUGGCAGCACUGAGGUGAGCUCACCUACGGCUGCUUCCUCCUCGUCGACUGAGGCCUCCGCCACUUCAUCGGUUAAGAUGACAGAUACGCCCGCUUCAACCGGCUCGGCGACAUGGACGAGCGCCACCGACGUGGCCUCAACCGCCUCUGGCGAGGUAUCCACAGCCACCACCGACGCCGCAGCCACCAGCAGCAGCACCGAAGCAUCGUCUUCGACCUCGACGGAGGCCACGCCCAGCUCCACCGGGAUGCCAGCCACGUUCCGCCUGCGGCCCGCCACCGGUGCCAUGUCCAAGCAGUACCUGACGCUGAUGGACUGGAGGGACCUGGGCGCCGGCAAUGGAGGCAUGUCGCACCUGAUCACCUUCACUGAGGACGCGUCCAGGGCGUCGACCUGGUACUUCGGCACUGGCGCGGCCGCGACCACGCUCUACUCGGUCGACGGCGCCGGCAGCCCCGUGGCCGCCGUCAUCGACCAGGACUCGCGCCUGGCCUUCAUCGCGCCGGGCGGCCUGGCGUCCGUGCCCGCCUACGAGAUCGCGUGCGCCCGCUCCGCCGACGGCGCCGCCGUCACCUGCCACGAGGGCGGGCCCAACGGCGCCCAGUGGGGCAAGCUGGGCAACUGCAACGACGUCAUGGGCAUCUUCUACGACACCAACGGCUGCGGCGGUGAUCUCUUCAGCCUUGCGGUCGAGGCGGCGUGA